UGAUUAUAUUUUUCAACUUUGGUUUUUUUUUUCCUCUUUGCGGGCGAAUUAUUAGACACCGUCGCCGAGUUGCCUUUCUGGGCCGGCCUAUCACUGUUCUCCCAUGGCCGCCGCCACCAUCACCGCCGCCGCUGCCGUCUCCGUCUCCGUCUCCGCUCGCUCCCCUGCCACAACCAACGCCGAGACCGCCACUUUCCACCGCUAUGGACAACUCACCAAAACCUCCCAUUUUUACCGCAUCAAGACCCAGCUAAAACCCUAUCCCUCUCUCUGCGGCCGCCGACCUAAUCGCACCGCGCACGGCCCUUCGUCCCUCCGCCUCAUCGCUUCCGCCGUUUCCGCCGGCGGAAACCCCUCGGUUCCCUUUGCCUUAGAUGAUGCCGACAAGCCUCGCGACGAGUGCGGCGUCGUGGGCAUCAUCGGCGACCCGGACGCCGCCAAGCUCUGUUCCCUCGCCCUCCACGCCCUACAGCACCGCGGCCAGGAAGGCGCCGGCAUCGUCUGCUCCGACGGAACUACUCUCCGCUCUGCUACCGGCCUAGGUCUUGUCUCCGAGGUCUUCCACGACCCCCGAACCCUCGCCCCGCUCAAGGGCGAUUCCGCGAUCGGCCACGUGCGGUACUCCACGGCCGGCGCAGCCUCCGCCCUCGCCAACGUCCAACCCUUUCUCGCAGGUUAUCGAUUUGGCAAGCUCGCCGUCGCCCACAACGGUAACCUCGUUAACUACCGACGCCUCCGCUUCGAUCUAGAAUCCAGAGGCUCCAUCUUCAACACCUCCUCCGACACCGAGGUGAUUCUCCACCUGAUCGCCACCUCCUCCUCUCGCCCCCUCCUCUCGCGCGUCGUCGAGGCCUGCGAGUCCAUCGAGGGCGCUUAUUCCCUCGUUUUCCUCACCGAAAACAAGCUCUUUGCCGUGCGCGAUCCCCACGGAUUCCGGCCACUCGUCAUGGGCCGGCGCCGCCGUACCGGCGCCAUUGUGUUUGCCUCCGAGACCUGCGCCCUCGACCUGAUCAACGCCGAGUUUGAGCGCGAGGUGAACCCCGGCGAAGUGCUUGUCGUCGACGGCCAGGACAUGAGCAUCACAUCCGCCUGCCUCAUGCCCGAGAAGCCCCGCAAAGCUUGUGUGUUCGAGCAUGUCUACUUUGCCCUUCCCAACUCCGUCGUCUUCGGUCACCCAGUCCACGCCUCCCGCUACAGCUUCGGCGCUGCUCUGGCUCGUGAGUCCCCCGUCCCCGGCGCAGACUUCGUCAUCCCGGUGCCCGACUCAGGAUUCUUCGCGGCGCUCGGCUUUGCUGAGGCCUCCGGGAUCCCAUUCCAGCAGGGCCUCAUCAGAUCCCAUUAUGUAGGCCGCACCUUCAUCGAGCCUGACAAGGAAGGGCGCAACCUUGCCGUCAAACUGAAGCUUGCGCCUGUCCGGACCAUCCUCGAGGGGAAGAGCGUAGUUGUGGUCGACGAUUCAAUUGUGCGAGGCACCACCUCUUCCAAGAUUGUCAAUCUCAUCAAAACUGCUGGAGGAGCUCGAGAGGUCCACAUGCGCAUUGCUAGCCCUCCCAUUGUUGGCUCAUGCUACUAUGGUGUUGACACCCCAAGGUCAGAAGAGCUCAUUUCCAACAGGAUGAAUGUCGAGGGAGUGAGGCAGGAGAUUGGCUGUGAUUCGCUUGCCUUCCUCUCGCUUGACAGCCUCAGGGGAGCUUUUGCUGAUGAAAGCCACAUGUUCUGUGAUGCAUGCUUCACCGGCAACUAUCCUGUGCCACCAACUGAACAGGAAGCUGUGAAGCUGACUGAAGUUUGAGAUUUGCCUUUCCAUAAUUUGGUAUAGUUCAUUUCUAAGUUAUGCAUUCUAAUUUGAAUGAGCCUCCAAAUUUUCUGUCCGCUCACUUUUAAACUUUUCCUUGGCUAAAUUUCUAAAUGUUUAAGCUCUUUAGGAAUGAAAUUUCGCAAGUGGACUAAACAUAAAAGUUUUGCUUGGAGUAAGUCUUUUUCUUCUGUAUUGUAUACCAUCAAGUGGUCUCUAUCCUUUCUAGUUGAAACAAUAACGAAGAUACUUGGAUGAAUACUUUUAGAAAUGAAAUUUUGUGAGUGUAGGUUCUUGUUAA